GCUGGAACAGUCGGGGAUUUAGGGUUUCAACUCGACUCUCCGAUCCCUUCUUCUCCGUCGAAAAAUUGCUCCUCAUUUGCACUUGAUUGCCUCAAUUCUCUGCCUUUUUCAGGUGUUGAGCAAGAACGUGGGAAGAGAUGAAUCAAGGACAACAAUCUGGUGAGGCGAAGCAUGAAGAUGAUGCUGCUCUUACUGAGUUUCUCGCGUCUCUCAUGGAUUAUACUCCCACUAUUCCGGAUGAUUUAGUGGAGCACUAUUUGGCUAAGAGUGGGUUUCAGUGCCCCGACGUACGAUUAAUAAGGCUAGUUGCUGUGGCUACACAAAAGUUUGUUGCAGAUGUUGCCAGCGAUGCUCUUCAGCACUGCAAGGCUAGACCAGCACCAGUUGUGAAAGACAAAAAACAGCAAAAGGAUAAGCGUUUAGUAUUGACAAUGGAAGACCUUUCAAAAGCUCUGCGUGAGUAUGGUGUGAAUGUGAAGCAUCCAGAGUAUUUUGCUGAUAGCCCGUCCACCGGAAUGGAUCCUGCGACAAGAGAUGAAUAGCAACCAGGAAGUCUUGAUUGUCUUUCUUAUGGAUAAUCCGUCUGUGAGUUACUUGAUUUUCUAUUGUGUUUUAGUUGAAACAAAACUCUCGUCUCCUCUUUCUAGUCAUCGAUUACAUGUAUAUUAUUCCUCAUGUUGUUUGUUUCUUGACGUGCGUCUCUCGUGUUUAUUGAGUUUCAUACCAUACUUUUAUCAACACAUUUUCUUAGAUUGAGCAGAACAUUAAACAAUAAACAAGAUACACAACCUCG